CUGUCACUAUCAGCUGUUUAGUGUUUACUACUUAGAAAAUUGACGCUAUAUUCUAACGUUAACAACCACCUAUACAGAAUACUGCUAAAUAUUGCCUGAAGCAAAGUGAAUGAUAAAAAAUCGAUUAAAAACAGUAUUAAAUUUAUACAUAAAUAAUGGCCGUAUAUGCUGCACACUUGACUAGAACUCUACAAGGAACUCCUUCAGUAUUCCAAGUAACUGCCCAGGAAGCCCUAGGGUCGACUGUUAAACCAGCAUUGAGAAAACUUAUUGAGUUUAUAUCAGUAACCAGCCCAGACAAAUGUGGUUGGUGUGGAAAAUAUUAUGACGAGCUUUAUUUAUUGUUGGACUGUUUCCUUCAGUAUCAUUGUCUAAAACAUUAUGCUGCCUCAUUUUCUGAGUGUUUCUAUGGUUUAAUGAGGGCACCAAUCACACCCAAUACAGAGUUUAACUCUGGGGCAAGAUUAUCAGAUAGGCUGGAGAAAUGUUCUAUAUUAUUUCUUGUAUUAAUCCCAUACUUAAGAGACAAGAUUGAGACACUUGUCAACAAAUGGAGAGAUGACAAUGAAGAUGGCAGACUUGGUAAGAGCAAAAGUGACCAAGCUCGCAGAGCUGCUAUCCAUGCAUAUUCCACAGCACAUCUUGUAGUUGAGUGUUGCAAGCUAGUGGUAUUCGCGCGGUACUUGAUUGGCCGCUCACAAGCACCGAACCUGCCACUUCUUUUGUUGCGGCUUACAUUAACUAACGCACCUCCUCCAGAUCCCCAGGAAAACACAUGGACUGAUUUAUUUUCUAAUCUGUACAGAGGACGAUUUAGUGAGGCAAUGGUGACAUUCCCAAUGUUAUGGAGUGUGGUGUGGGACAGCAUGCAGUGGGGAGCAUUUCUGGUUCAGUUGCUGCGGUGGUGGGACACGCGGCCCGCAACUGCCACGCCCCAGUUCGCGCCCGCUACCAACCUGCCCCCGCCACAGGGAGACGAGACAGCCGCUCGCUUUACGAACAAGUGUCCAGUUUGUCUGCAGAGCUGGAAGGUUCCCACAGUGCUCCCAGUUUCAGGGUAUGUAUUCUGCUACACGUGCGUGUCGCGGCACGUGCGAGCGCGCGCCGAGUGUCCGCGCACGCGGCUGCCUGCCAGCGAGAGUAGUUUGGUGCGGCUGUAUGUGGACGUGUAGCGAGUAGCGACCAACUACCAACGGCCCACACGCGCAGUUUGGGUUUCUAAAUGUGCUUUCACACGGGAGUUAAAUAUGUGUUUGAUUUUUUAGGAUAAAAUAUAUAAAUUUAUAUAAUAUUUCCAUUACAAAACUAUUUCUAGAAAAAUAUAAAUCAAAGUCUGAACAGUUUAUUCCUAAAACUCAGAAUCAUCUAUUUAUUUGGGUUGAGUUUUUAAAUAGAACAAGAAUUGCCUGAAGUUGUGGUUAUCAUAUAUUCUACAACAUUAGCAAGCAUUGAAAAUUUGGGACCCCAAGUAUUAUAUAUACACGAAAAAUUAAAGCAAUAAAAAGUAAAUACAUUGUCUUUCCUAUAUCUAUAGGUCGGCGGUCGGUGAGCAAAAAAAAUGUUUUGUCAUGUUAUGUCACAUUUUUAACUGCUUUGUGAAAACGCCGUAAUGAACAUUUUUAUGUGAUAUUUUUAUUGCAUAUUUUCUAUAAAGGUAAACAAUCUUAUUCCGGUGGUAAAACUUCCUACCAUGAUGUUAUGAAUAUUAUGAUGUUAAAAAAUCCUGUACUAUAUCUUGAGGCGUAAAUUGGUAGUAAAUAGUGGGAACAAAAAAAUACUGAUUUGCAGGUUGUUUCCUGGCACAUUUAAAAAAGUAAUCAAAUAGAUUAUUUACGUACCCAGUCAUAAAAGUUUGGACACCUCUGCCUGCGGCCAUUUUAAUUUUUCCCCACCCACACACCCAUUUCAUUCAUGUACCCUGGGGAGUGCGUGCGAGCGGUGGCAAAAACGAAAGUUUUGUAUUAAUACUAAACAUAGCCCGCCUUAUUCGUUUGAGCCGCCGCGCUAGUUAUACGCCAUUGGACUGAGACCAGGGCGAUGACCUUAUUUUCCUCUUCAAAUCCAUGUCAAUUCUCGUACAGGGUUUUUUUUUUAAGAUAUUGUAUAUCUGUGAACCAUGACCAACUGUUAACUCGAUAUUGUUAUUAAUUCACACUGAUUUUGUUCAACAUGAUUGUGAUAUUCAGAGUACACCUCUAAAGUACCUAUAGAGAUAGUCACGUCGUUUUUCAUUUUAUAACAUACGUACUAUGUGGUAUAAUUGUUAAUAAUUAAUUAAGGAGAAAUUAUUAACAUUGUGAAUAUUUAUUAAUGAAUAUUGUGUUCAACCAUAUCUAAAAAUACUGAUAUUAUAAUAUAAUGCCGUGGAUUCCCAGACGUCGUAUCAUCAGUAAAUAUUUUGUAUUUUAUUAAUUUCAAUUUUCAAUGUAAAAUAACACGAAGCGUAUGUUACAAAAUUUGAAAGAUGCCAUUGAGUGUCAAGAUGCCACGCAGCAAGCAUUUAAUAGUUGCCGUAAUAAAAAAGCGUAGCGGAGACCUAAGCUAACAAGGUUAGUUUUAACAAUUUAGUAAAUAUGUCAGACACCCGUAUUACUACUCUAUCUUUAAUAUUGUUCACUUUAGUAUGGUCGUCUUGUCCACAGAGUACCUUUGCAUAUACUAGUAAUCUCAUCUAUUAAAAUAGGAAAGACAGAGUACCCCCAGCUGUUAGCGUGUUUUGACAACUAUUUGAGGCACGUGACAUUUUAAUAUUUUGGGUUUUCUAUGACAGCAGUGACAUCUCUGUGUAGGUAUUGUACUUAUUAUAUUGUUAUCAAAUUAUUAGGUACUUUUUAUAGUUAUGUGUGUACUUUUUUACCGUUGCGAUACACCUAAGAUUGUAUUCUGUAUACCCUGAUCUUGUGUGUGGGUGGAGGUCGUGGUAGACUGUCAUGCCCGCUCAAGUGUAUUUGUUUCUGUUGUGUACAGGCGAAUCUAGUGACUACAUAUAGUCGUGGUUACUUAUAAGUACCUACGCCUUCUCUAUUCUGUGGUUAUUGUCCUUAUUAUUUAUAUUGAUAUUUUAUGUAAGUUAUGGCUGUGGAUUUAUACAAAAUGUUAAAUAAAACAAUAUUUCAUAUAA